AUGUCUAGUGGCUUCAAGCGAGCAAACAAGUUCCGCAUCCCUCCCGAUCUCUUAACACCCUCGACCCCUGUGGUCGCCCUCUCGUCUAGGUCACCUGUCUACUCGGACUCUACUUCAGCCAACAUGGCGUCCUUACCUUCAUCAUUUUCAGGUAUCUCUCAGAACCGGCUCUCCCCUCGAGAAUUUGUGCCUGGGCAGUGCAACACCAGCACAAAAGAGCACAGGAAAGAGCUCCCUCGCGAGGUCAUAUCCCUUUUCUCGCCAUCGAAGUCUUCUGGUCAACCAGUAGGUGCCAAACUCGUUGAGCUAGCGGACAAAGGCUCAUCGACUCGCGACCAGUCACUCAAAAGUUCUUCGUCCAAUCCACCGCCUACUCAAAUCAUCUCAAAAUUAGGCAUAUCAACCAGCGAUCUGCGGUAUAAAGGUCCGGCACCUGAUUUGCUGCCUACCCCAGCUAUCCCAACUACCCCGAGCGGAUCAGCUUCCUCACCAACCGCCGUCCACAGCCCUUCGACAGAUAACAGCUCGGACGACAACAACGUUCCAGAUACCGAAACAGUGUCUAGUCAGAAUCUUUUGAGCACUAUGUUCUCCAGCUUACUUCAGGGGCCUCCGAACGGGGUCACCAAUCUUGCGCAGAACAUAGCCAACCCCUUCUCAGGGUCAAGUGCCACUCAGGAUCCAGCUAACCCUCAUGCACCCGCUAUGCCCCUCAAUACUUCGAAAUUACCCUUCCAGCAGGCCCGGGAGUUGGUCGACAACAUCCCCAACGUCAGAGCGUUAUUCGAUUCGUCAAAAAAGCCUGAGGAGAGGAUAUCCACGUUCGGCGACCAGCUGAAGGAGCUAUUCAAGAGGCUGUACUAUAUAUUCUUCCUGCCGAUCAGCUGGUUCUUCACGUUCACGCACGCAAUUCAGCAGAUAAUCGUUCAUCUUUCGUUACUUCCCGCCUGGGGCAUGAUUCAAUUCUACGAACGUACCAUCCGGUCCAAGGUCCCUUGGUUACCUUCCAUUUGGGGCAUAUUCAUCUGGAUGUUUCCCAGCGGCCUCGGCAACCUACUCCACUUCCAAAACAUGUUUGACGUUGUGUUUCCUGUCCCUAAAAGUCUUGUUCCGCCUGUCGAAGUGGACUUUAACGCUAUUGGGACGGGCCAACCCUUGUUCAAGAUACCUGGAGCUGGUAAUUAGAUGGCUGUGGCAAAAGACAGUGGUAGAAUUGUUGUAUCGAAUCUGGAUUCUCGGGUGGAUCACAUUCCUUCUGAUAUCGUACCGGAUACUCGUACCACUGCUUCGUUAUGCGUUCCGAUCUCUCCUUCGCGUUCAGAUUCGUCUUCUGUUGACAGAAGCUCUAAGACGUACUUGGUGGAACGUUUGCAUUUUCUUUUUGGGUCUCGCAUGGUAUAGCUCUCGUCGAAUAUUGCAUUACAUCGUGGAAGAACAUAUUGGCAAAGUCAGGACUCUUCCAGUGAUCGGGCUUGUUUAUAAUCGUUUGUUGACUCGUACUCUACGGUACUACACAUUGGUGCCAAA